AUGGCUCGCAAAUCACAUUUCAUCGAACAUGACGACGAUGCCCCCGAUCAAGAGGCCGGAAAAAGCGGCGACAAGUCCAAGUCAAAUUCAGCUCCGGGCUGGAAGUCUCUCUUCCAUUUCACGACUCGUAAACAUCUACCGAGUAUUCUGGUUGGCUCUAUAUUCGCCCUUCUCGCUGGAUGCGCGACAACGGCUCUGGCGAUUUUCCUGGGCGACGUGUUCAACGCUUUUACGGCUUUCGGAUCAGGAGAUAUCGAUUACGAUGGACUGCGUGGCAAGAUACUGACUGGUUGUCUGGGGAUGAUCGGAUUGGGGGCAGCAGGGUGGUUUCUCAACGGGGCCUAUUACGCAGCCUUCAUUAUAUUUGGAGAACUCCAAGCAUCGAAUGUCCGUCGAGACGUUUUCGUCGAAUUGUUGAGUCGGGAUGUGGAAUGGUUUGAGGCCCAAGAGGAAGGAUCCGGCGCUCUACUGUCUGGCAUCCAAGCCCAGAUACAAGACUUGAAGAUCGCGACGUCACAACCACUCGGACUUGUGCUCCAAUAUUCAUGCCGAUCGCUUGCGUCCCUUGGGCUAGGAUUGUUUACAUCAUGGAGUCUUUCACUGGUGACACUCGCAGGGUUUCCCGUCUUCUCGAUGAUAGUCGCAUUUCUGUCUACGAGAAUUAAUCCCAGCAUCGUUGCACAACAAGCGGAACUUACACAAGCCUCGAAAAUCGCGAACAAUGCGAUAUCUUCAAUCGACAUGGUGAAAUGUUUCAAUGGCCAGGGAUUCGAAGUUCGGAAUUUUGCGAGCAGAAUUCAGAAGUCGGCCGUCCACUACCUCCGACAAGCGAGAUUGAAUUCUCUGCAGAUUGCAUUCAUUCGGUGGAUGGUUUUCGGGAUGUUCGUUCAAGGCUUUUGGUACGGGAGUUCACUUGCCCGAGCUGGAAAGCUGUCCCCCGGAGAAGUGCUGCGGACUUUUUGGGCUUGUCUGACCGCAGCACAGUCGAUCGAGCAAGUUCUUCCACAGAUGAUUGCUAUCGAGAAAGGAAAAAUCGCGGGCGAACUCCUGAAGUCGAUAAUACAGUCUCGUGCGAUCGACCGGAGGAACAGUGAGUUGAAAGGUUCUUUGUAUCCGAUGCAUUGCGAGGGAGAUGUCGAAGUCAACAAUGUGUCAUUUGCAUACCCAAGCCAGCCCGAAACAUGUGUCCUCCAGCCAUCAACCUUCUUUUUCCCUGCGGGUGAGACGACCUUCGUCAUUGGAAAAAGUGGAUCGGGGAAAAGCACACUUGGCCAACUCCUGAUGCGCUUCUAUCUUCCAACAUCAGGAGAAAUACUGAUCGACGGAAAGCCACUCAACGAAAUCAAUGUCAGCUGGACCCGAAACAACAUCACGCUUCUCGAACAAAAAAGCGUUUUAUUCAAUGACUCUGUACUCCGAAACAUUGCAUUCGGCAGCAAGAAUCACCAGGAAAUCACAGGAUACGAUGCUGAAGUUGCGAUUGACAUGGCCAUGCUUCAAAGUACCAUCGAAAGUCUACCACAGGAACUGGAUACUUGUGUGGGACCGGGUGGAAGUUUCCUGAGUGGCGGGCAGCGGCAACGGGUGGCCAUAGCCAGGGCAAGACUCCGUGACACGCCAAUUCUGAUACUCGAUGAACCGACUAGUGCGCUCGACCAUACAAAUCGCCUAGCUAUAAUGAACGCAAUAAUAGAAUGGAGGAAAGGAAAGACAACGAUUAUCAUUACGCAUGAUAUGUCUCAGAUUCUUGAAAAUGAUUUCGUUUACGUACUGGAACAAGGAUCUAUUGUUCACUCGGGCUAUCGCCAAGAGCUGGAGAUGCAACCAGGAGCGGAAAAGUACUUCCAACCAAAGGAGAAAAUUGAGAUGGAGAACAAAAAGAAAAACGAAAGACACCGAAGUGAAGCCUCGAGCUUUUAUGAAGACGAUUUGGAUGAUGGCUUGCGUGACUUGCCGAGUUUACCGCCACGGGCUCGUCAAGAAAACAGACAGACGUGGGCGCAUCAUCACCUACCACCAGGUCUCCGGUCAAGUACAAUAGAUAUAGCUUCUAGAAAGCACGGCAUCUCUCUCAAUCGAUCUGAUGAAUCAUCAACAACAAGCCCCAACACUCGCAAAAAGCGACUUUCUCGUAACACAAGGGUAUCCCCAGUGCCCGAAAGAACCCAGCUUCCAUCCCAAGGCUGGAUAAAAUCACUACAGACAAUGCCCGAAGAAGUGGAGAUGGGCGAAAUACAAAUUCAUUUCCCGGACAUUAACAAAGUGCGUGAACUAUCGAAUGACGAUGAUUCCCAGGUUCCGAACCAGCCACAGGAAACCAAACGCCCGAGGAUUUCUCGCAGACUGUCUCGGCGAGAGCGUGGGACCUCACGCCCGUUGAAAAAAGAGAAGUCAACUACCCUGUCACAUAUCAUGGGAACGGUGUUCCCAAAUUUGACAAGCAAGCAACGAGUCAUUCUGAUUCUGGGAAUCCUUUCUUCAUUGACCCAUGCCAGUGCGACACCAAUCUUCUCAUUUUGCCUCUCGAAGCUAUUUACCACAUUCGAUGCCGGGAGCGACAGCGCCAGACUGUCCAUGGUAUGGUCUCUAGCGGUUCUAGGGGUAUCUUUUGGAGACGGCUUGGCUUCAUUUUUCAUGCACUAUUUCCUGGAGUUCUCAGGGGAGGCCUGGAUGGAUACUAUUCGCAACCGCGCAUUCAAGCGGAUCCUGGAUCAACCACGAGAUUGGUUCGAGAAUGACGGAAAUAGUGCUUCAAGACUGACGGCAUUUUUGGAUCAAAAUGGCGAGGACAUGCGUAACCUUCUCGGCCGUUUUGCUGGAUAUGUCAUUGUGGCUGCUUCAAUCACCGUGAUGGCGAUCAUCUGGAGCCUGGUGAUGUGUUGGAAGCUAACGUUGGUGGCCAUUGCUUGUGGCCCUUUCAUUUAUGCGAUUACUCGGGGAUUUGAAGCUACGAAUUGUCUGUGGGAGCGACGGACAAAUGCAGCAAAUACUGUUGUUUUCGACAAUUUUACGGAGACAUUCUCGGAGAUUCGUACUGUUAGGACGCUGACACUUGAGGGGUACUUUCAUCACAAGCAUACGCAAGCUAUGUCGCGAUCCUUGACUGUCGGUCUGAAGCGUGCCGUUUAUACUGGCAUGCUUUUCGGUAUGGUCGAGUCCACUGUGAUUUUUGCGAACGGGUUACUCUUUUACUAUGGAGGAGUACUCGUGGGUUAUGAGUAUACUGUCAAUCAAGUGAUGAUGGUUUUCUCGUUGCUCCUUUUCGGAAUUGGCUAUGCUGCACAGAUUCUGUCCUGGAUUCCUCAAAUUAAUACAGCUCGAGAAAUUGCCUCGCAGCUCCUACGGCUGGCCAACUUACCUCGCGAUGAUUCUCACGAACACCGUGGCCAUUUGAAGGCCUCUGAUCUAACGCCGAUCAAGUUGACGGCAACAAAUUUUCGAUAUCCGUCUCGACCGAAUACUCUAGUCCUCAAAGAUGUCUCUAUAAACAUCAACAGGAACUCCUGCACUGCCAUUGUGGGACGCUCUGGGUCCGGCAAAUCCACCAUCGCCUCCCUUCUGUUGGCCUUGUAUGAAGCCCCGCUUGAUCGAUCAGGUCGACCUACCGUGACACUUGGUGGCCAUGACAUCCUGCGACUUCAUGUGCCAACUCUUCGCUCACAGAUCGCAAUAGUCUCUCAGCAACCGACUAUUUUCCCAGGUACCAUUCACGACAACGUCCGCUACGGCAUGAGUGGUCACUCGGUCUUAGCUUCUGAAGGCCAUGUUCGCGAAGCCGCCCAAGCUGCCGGCAUUGAUGACUUCAUCGCUUCGCUCCCGAGGGGAUAUUCUACUGUGAUCGGCGACGGUGGGGUGGGUCUUUCAGGUGGACAGAAGCAACGCAUCGUAAUCGCGCGCGCUCUACUCCGCCAACCCCAGAUCCUGAUUCUCGACGAAGCCACCUCCAGCCUCGAUCCUGCCGGGGCACGAAUCGUCCAGGAAACGAUCCGUCGACUCAUAGCCACGCGCAGCAAUUUGACAGUGAUUCUUAUCACCCAUUCCAAGGAAAUGAUCGAAAUUGCGGAUAAUGUUAUUGUGCUUGACCAGGGCGUCGUGGUCGAAGAUGGGCCUUGCAGGCCUCUUUCCCAGCGUGUUGGCGGCAAAUUGUACAAUCUGAUCCAUGAUCCUGAGGUUCAGGCUGAUUAG